AUGGCUGCUCCUUCACCCGACGUCUUGCGCGACCGCGCGCGCGGCGUGGUACUCGUCGCAGCAGCCGGCGACGCCCUCGGCGCACCAUACGAAACCUCUCCCGAGCUGCAAGCGGGACUCACCAACGGUGAUCCCGUACUGUUCACAUCCUGUGGAGACUGGGCCGAAGGCGAAUGGACCGACGACACGGCGAUGGCGAUUCCAAUCCUGGAAGCGUUGGCACAGGGACUGGACCUGACCACAGAAUCUGGGCUAGGCUAUCUCGCCAAGCGCUGGCUCGAUUGGGGCAACGACGGCGGGAAGGGUAUCGGCUUGCAAACUGCACGCGUCUUUGCACGCGUCGUUAGUGUCCAGCAGGCGCAAAUUGAGGGACUGCAACAUCCCCAGCCGCUGUCGAGGAUCAUGAUGGAGAUGGCAAGGUUGGAGCACGAGUCUUCAGGACGGAGUGGAGGAAACGGAUGCCUCAUGCGUGUUGGGCCGCUCGCUCUCGGUUUCCUCGCGCCGGGGAGGGAGGUAGCGCUGGCAGAAGCGGCGAGGAGGCAGGCGCUGAUGACGCACUUCGAGCCCGACGGGGGGGAUGCGGCCGUCAUCUGGUCGCUUGCAAUCCGGCAAGCCAUACUCACUGGCGCCUACGAUCUGAGGGAGCAGCUCGCAUAUCUACCGGAGGACCGACGUACGCUGUGGGCCGAGCGACUAACCGAAGCGGAGGAGAAGGGAUCUGAAGCGUUCGUUAAGAACUACUGGGUUGUCGCCGCAUUGCAAUGCGCCCACAUCGCGAACCGGAGAGGGAAGGACGUGAAGAGCGUGCUGGAGAGUGCGGUGCGAGGACUAGGAGACACGGACACGAUAGCGGCUAUCGCGGGGCAGCUGGCUGGAGCCCGGUUCGGAGCGAGCAGUGUACCGAGCGAGUGGAGGGAGAAGCUGCAUGGUUGGCCGGGGCUGACGGUGCGAGAUCUCGAGGUGCUGGUGGACCGAUCACUGGUGCGCAGCUCGAUCUAG